AUGGAAAAAUUUAAAGAGGCAGGAGUCUGCAUAGAGUUAGUCAAGAAUAUUCGUUUGGCUUUAUUAUUUUAUGAAAAAUACUCGGGCUUAUGUAAAGCUUUACUAUCUUCCUAUAGAGUCAAUGCCCUCAAAACUGAACUCGAAGCAGCAAAUAUUCGUGCUCAUGCAGCAGAACAGGAGCUUAAAAAAUUUCAUGAAGAACAAUCCUCUAAAGAAAUUGAAUUUUCUAAUCUUCAAAAAAAAUGCGGAUCAUACGAAAGUGAUUUAGAUGAGACCGAAAAGAACUUGAAGGAAACUACGGAGAAGCUUCGUGAGUCUGAACUUAAAUGCGAAACUCUUGAACGUAAAGUCGCACAGCUUGAAAAUGAAGUGGCAGAGAAAGAAAAGAAAAUUGAAGAAUUAAUCGAGGAAUGCAACAAACUUAAGGCAGAAUAUGAAAGUGUUAUUAGUUCUAUCAAUUUCAAAUGGCAUAACAAAGAUAAUUUCGAAUGA